AUGCUCCCGGAGGCAACGCUAAUCAGUUAUAACGAAGGAGAUCGCGACUACUGGACGAUGGUGCAAGACGCUCAACAAGGCAUUGCAAAGUUCAGACUUUCUGCAACGGGAGUAAUGUUCGCGAUGGAAAACAACUACCACAAAUCAACGAAAAUAACUACUACUACUACAACACCAACAGCUACUCCUACUACAACUUCUGCUUCUACAACUACUCUCACUACUACAACUAACUUGAUGGGCGCCAUUCCUGUCAACCAAGUUGCACGCCCACAUCACCCACGCCCCAACAGCUUAUCAGUCCUGCGAGAAAUGGGCGGCUCCCGAGGCUCAGCUGGUUGGACUGGAGCUCCGCCCACUCUUAUCUCUUCGCUACUUGUACCCUUCGACUGCUGUCCUGGCGGUCGCACCUGCUUCUCUCAUCGCUUACAAUAA